GGAUAUUGUUUUGGGACUAAUAUGUUUUAAUGCAGGUACAUUUUGGCUAAGGAGCAUAAAAUACACCCAAAAAAAAUAUUUACUGUUAACUCACGUACAGAGGAAUAUGGACAAGUCGUGGAUGUCAGCACCUAGGGGUACGACACAGUAUAACGAUGGGUGUAGAGCGUUCGUGGCAUUCGCCGUUCGUAACUGUAGGGCUGCUGAUGGCAAAAUUUACUGCCCAUGUAAGUACUGCCGGAAUAACCAGCGGCACCCCCCAGAUUACGUUCUUGCCCACCUGACAGGGGGGAAGGGAAUGUCCACGGGAUACGGUUACUGGUAUAUGCACGGUGAGACUACCCUAAACCCUGCUGCUCCUGUUCGGGGUCACGACCAUCCCAGUGUCACAGAUACGGCUGCCCGUGGCAUUGAACAUGUAGAAGUCAGAGAACAAGGCGGAGACCUGGAACAAGGUAAUGCGACAACGAUUGGUCCGUUGUCGCCUGUUGGACAAUUACUGAGCCAACAAUUCCCUCUCGGGACUUCAUCGCCCGUUACACCAUCUCUUGCGGGACAAUCGCCGAUUGGCGAGUUCAUGCCCGGGACUGCACCUCGUGAUCCGCAGCGACGUCCUCCAGAUUUGUAGAUAUUUUAUGUAUUUUUUUUGUUAGUAACGAAUAACUUUAUUAGAUCAAGAUUUUCAAAUUUGUUAAUAUUGUUGUGUAAGUAUUUGUUGUUAGUA